AUGGCCGGUAAGGUGGCGCUGCUCCUUGCCAGCCCCACCCAGCCCUGUCCCUUCUCCCUUCCAGCCCAGACCCUCGGCCUCACUGGUGCCCAGACCACCCAGCUCCUCGUGGAUCCUCCCUGGAGACCGGCGGUGCUGUGGGACCGGGUGACACUGACCUGUCAGGGCUCAGGGACCUGGUACAAGGACAGGAAGCAAUGGGGGCAGGUGAGACGCAACCACCUCAAUGUCACCGAGAGUGGCAUCUACACAUGUGACAGACCUGGUAGUGGGCGCAGCCCCCCCGUGAGAGUCGUAGAUGACGAGCUGGUGCUGCAGUUGCCAGCGUGCACGCUGCUGGAGGGGGACACGGUGACACUGCGCUGCCAGGGCCAAUGGAACAGCCCAGUACCCAGGGUGCGAUUUUACCAGGACGAGAAGGAGCUGACAGAGUCCCUCAGAGGGACCGAGCUGUCCCUGUCACCCCUGCAGCGGCACCACAGCGGCCGCUACUGCUGCGAGGGCUUUGUGAGGUCCUGGCCAUCACGGUCAGCAGCAGUGACAGUGACAGUGCCCAAGCUCUUCUCGGUGCUGGUGCUGGAGGGUCCCCCCAAGCUCACUGUGGGGUCCUUUCUGACUCUCAGCUGCCUCAGCACCCCCAGCCCCCUGCGGCCCCAAGCCGCCCUCCUGCACGUGUUCUACCAGGAUGGGCCGGUUGUGGGGGGACAGCAGGGGUCCCCGCAGCUGCUGGUGCCCGCCAUGGGGGUCUCCCACUCGGGGAAUUACAGCUUCCAGGUGCGCUCCGAAGAGGGGUCUCUGCGGAAAAGCAGCACCCAGCUCCACGUCACGGAGUGCAGCACCGGCCCCCACCUGGAGCUGCACCAGGCUGGGGACAACGACAGCGUGACUGUGAGUGAUCCCCUGAAUGUCACCGUCCUGGUGCCCAUGGCCAAUGUCACCAUCACCCCCGGUCCCCUGUCACACCAGAUGCGUGCAGGUGACAAUGUGACCCUGUGCUACUCAGGCUGCCAGGAAGAACCUGGAAAAGUUGAGGCCGCCCCGGAUCACCCGGCCCCCCAAGAGGAGAUGGAGGUGCUGUACACCAAUGUCACAAUCCCCAGCCUGCGGCAGCCAGCCCAGAGCCACCAGUGCUGCAGCACCAGCCCGCAGCCAGCCCGCAGCAGCCAGCCUGCAGCCAUCGCUCGCCCAUGCCAGAGACCCGCAGUAUCCCUGACCCACCACACUUGCACCAACACCCUGAGCCCCCAGAGCCUGGCAGUGGGGGAGACCCCUGACAGAACCCCCAACAUCCCUGCAGGACCCUCCAACAGCUCCCCAGGGCUCUGA